AUGGAAGCUCGCGUCGAUAACGAUCGGACCAAUGUGGAUGCUGUUUCAGCGGAAAGACUGCGAGAGUUGGAAGGUAGGGACUUCGAAGGACUACAUGGGAAAAUUGACAGCCAUGACGAGGCUGUGAGGGAGUUGAAGGAGAAGAUAGUUGGGGUGGAUCCCUCUGUGGCCAAGUUGGAGCUUGAGCAAGCGGAGUUACUUAGUAAAUUCACUGUAUUGGAGAAUAAAGUCAGCGAAAAUGGUGACGCGGUGAGGAUCGUGAAGACGAGUUGGGAGAGCACUGUGAAGCCCACGGUAGAUGAGCUGAAUGGGAAAGUGAAGGAGUUGACUUCGACGGUGAAUGGUGUAGUGGAAGAUGUUGAACAUGUUAGAAAGGAUAUCAAUCAGAAGUAUGGAGAUUCCCUGUGGUCGGAGAUUCGAAGUGCAGUGGAGCGAGUCAGCAAGAAGGAGUUCAAAGAGGCAAUACGCAGAAGGGCGGCUCUGAGGAAGGUUGGCAAGAUCUUCCAUGAACAUCAGCGUGCUGCAUUGAGGCGAUGGCGACAGAAGGCGGAGUUUGAGGGCUUGCGGGAUGGUGUGGAAGUGGAGGUGAGCGGAGCGAAGCAGGAAGUGGUAAAUUUGAUCAAGCAUGAUGUGGCGACUUUGAAGGAGUCUGUGGAGGAAGGGAUGAAGUUGAAGGUUGAUCGAGAGGAGUUUGAGCUGAGGGAAAGAGAUACCCUACAGCCAUUGGAAGCACGCGUGGUAGAGGUGGAGGAAUUGAUCCGAAAUAUGCCUAAGGAGUUGCCACCUGAUGAUGGUAUGGGCUUUGCUGCGAUAUCGAGUUCAGAUGGUAACAGUAGUAGAGCUACUAGCCCGAGGGAG